AUGUACGAGGCUGGGAAACUAGCCAACACAAUACAUGGAAUGGAAAACAAAAGAUUUUACUACUCAGGUAACAAUGACAGGGACCACAGAAGAGGUGUAGGGGUCAUAGUCACCAAAGAAAUAGCUGGAAGUGUUACUGACUUUGUUCCCUACUCAGACAGAACAAUGUUAUUAAAAAUUCGAACAAAGCCGCUUAACAUCAACAUAAUCCAAGUGUACGCCCCAACUCUCGAUAGAGGCGAUGACGAAGUGGACAAAUUUUAUGGCGAGAUCAAGGAACUUCUAGGGUUAACCAAGCCACACGAAAUCAAUAUAAUACAAGGCGAUUUCAAUGCGAAGAUCGGUUCUUUACAAGCAGACCAAAUUGUCGGUCCAUAUGGAUUGGGUGAUAGAAACCAUAGGGGAGAUCGACUGGUACAAUUAUGCCAGGAAGAGAACUUUAAAAUAACAAACACUUGGUUUUCGUUACCCCCUAGAAGACUUUAUACAUGGAGAUCACCUCAGGAUAAUAAGGAGAACAUCGUUAGAAAUCAAAUCGAUUUUAUACUGAUAAACAGGAGACUUGGCACAUCACUCAAGCGAAGACAGCAACGAAAACCUCAGUUAGCUAUUGAAAAACUAAAAAACGAAGAAGUAAGGACGACUCUGCAACAAAAAUUAAAUGAUGGACUGGCGAGACUGCAAGAGACGAGUGGAGAAUAUCAAGUCGACAAUAUAUGGGAUAGCUUGAAGAAAACCAUGAACUCUGUUUCUCAGAACAUACUAGGAUACCGUCAGUCUGUUCCUAAGAACAAAUGGAUGACAGAGGAAAUUCUACGACUGAUGGACGAGAGACGUAAACAUAAAAAUGUAAACCCUGAUCAAUAUAGUCUUUUAAAUUCUAGAAUUAGAUCUGAAAUCAGAAAAGCUAAAAGAAAGUGGCUAGAACAAGAAUGCCAAGAAAUAGAGAGACUCCAACAGAUACAUGAUACUCAUAGCGAACAUAAAAAGCUAAAGGAGGUAGCUGGAAUAUAUAAAACCAAGGCACCAGUAGUUCUAGUCAACGACAAAAACGAGAUAAUCCUGGAAAAGGAUGAAAGAAGAAGAAUGUGGGAGCAAUACAUAAGAAAACUAUUCCAAGACAGUGAGAGAACGGACCUCAAAAUUAACCCCGUGGGUGAAUCGUUGAGUAGACCACCGAUAACAAAAGAGGAAAUUCGUAAAGCGGUACAACUUUCAAAAAAUAACAAGGCAGUCGGACCAGAUGAAGUGCCAGCCGAGAUCAUUAAGCUAAUAGACGAUGAUAACCUGUCUUUAUUGGAAGUUGUUUUCAAUAAGAUAUACAGCACUGGCAGGUACGCGGAUGAUUCUGUCUUGAUAGCGGAUAAUAUCCAAGACUUACAACAACUAAUUACUCUACUAAACGACGCCAGUAAAAACUAUGGACUAAACAUAAAUAGUAAUAAAACAAAGUUUAUGAUAAUCAGUAGGGACAGGGUGCCUUAUGUAAAUGCGCAACUCGUCGUCGAUGGAAUGGCUUUGGAACGAGUCAAGAAAUAUAGAUACUUGGGUAGUUGGCUGUAUGACGAUUGGGACAACGACAAAGAAAUCAAAGCCAGAAUAGAAAUAGCCCGGAGCUAUUUUCUCAAAUUUAAACAUAUACUUACCAACAGAGACACAAGCCUGAACCUAAGAGGACGGAUACGUCGAGUGCUAUAUAUGGUCCGUUCUAUUAUAUGGUAUGGAAACAUGGACGCUCAAAACAACAUCAAUUAA